AGCGGCGCGCGCAGGCGCGGAGCCCGCACGUGGCGGCGGCGCUGGGCCAUGGCGGGCGGCAGGGAGCCGCUGGACCGGGCCCAGGUGAAGAAGGCGGUGGAAGCUCUCUUGGCGUUCUCCAGAAGCAAAGCCAAGGGGGACGCGCUGCUGCUCAACGAGAGCGAGAGCGUCCAUCUACUCGUGACGGUGUGGAAGGUCCCGCAGGCGGCAAAGGUCAUCAGAAUACCGCUGCCCCAUGGCAUUCGACCAGAAACAACUGAUGUUUGCCUGUUCACAAAGGAUGAACCAAAUUUAUCAGCAGAACAAACUGAAAAUUUAUACAAGAAACUUUUACUCCGCAAUGGGAUCAGAAGUAUUAGCCAGAUCAUUUCAUACAGAACCCUCAAAAAGGAGUAUAAAAUGUUUGAAGCGAAGCGGCGCCUCCUGAACAGUUUUGAUCUCUUUCUGUCUGAUGACCGAAUUAGAAGGCUUUUGCCCUCACAUCUAGGAAAACACUUCUAUGAAAAGAAAAAGGCACCUUUAUCUGUAAACUUGAAAGCCAAAGAUCUUGCCAAGGAACUAGAAAAACAUAUCCAAGGGACUACACUCCCAGUUAACAACAAAGGGUGCUGUUAUACAACACGCAUCGGUCACACUGGGAUGAAAGCGGAUGAGAUACUUGAGAAUAUCAUUGCAGCAGCAAAAGUGAUUGGUAGCAAGUUACCAAAGAAAUGGAAAAAUGUAAAAAUUCUUCACGUCAAAACACUUAAAUCAGUUGCACUCCCAGUAUUUACUGCGAAUAUCUCCAACCUGGAUGAGCUUGACAAAGAGCCAUCGCUCAAGAAAAAUGAAGUAAAGAAGGCAAAACCCAAGAAAGAAAAGAAGACAACUAAAAAACUGAAGCCAAGUCAAGUCGCUGUGACAACAGAAAGUAAAACUGCUGCUGGUACCCAGGAGCCUGUGAUAAAAGAAAAGACAGAAAUAGUCCAAGAACCAGGAGAUUGUGAUGAUGAAGAAAUUCCACAACUGGUGCCUAUACAAACGAAGAGCUCAGCCAACAUGAAGAAAAUGGGACCAAAUCCAGAAAAACGUGACAAUUUGGGCAAGAAAUCCAAAACACCCCUUGGUAAGAGAAAGAAAACAUCUCUCGUGGAUACUCCAAAAUCAAACCCUGAUGUUACAGAAGAGUGUGCAAACUUGCAGACGCCAUCAAAAGAGAAAAAAGCCAAGCAGGUCAGUAAGCCAAAGGAAGCAAUAAAAGAAAAAGACAUGAAAAAGGCUCCAAAAAAACCUGAAGCAAAGUCUUUUGCAACACCCAAAGCUGGCAAGACAAUACAGUCAGCCAGGAAGUCUUCAAAACCACAGAAGCGGGCACCCAAAAAGGUGCGCGUGCCGCAGUCAGCAUGAGCGUUGUUUGUUGUAACAUGUUUUGUAUCAUCAUUCUAUGGUCGAUUUUCAGUAAACAAAUUUAUUGAUGAAGUAAAAUACCUUCUUAGGAAAUCUGAUCCCAAGAGCUUUUUUUACCAAAAUCUGUAAUGACUUACUGGUUUCCUUCUAAUUUACAAGCUGGUACAAAUAAAUGGUGAUAGUUGAAAAAGGUGAUGACUCCAUCACCUUUUAUCUUUUGCUGGCCCAAAGCAAAAAUUCUCAAAUUUUUCAAGUGUUGAAGGGAGGGGUCUAUCCCACAGAAAAAAGUCUGAGAAAUAUUUUAAUAAAUGCUAUCUUUUUGAAGCAAGAAGCAUGUGUGCCAAGAGCAGCAAUCUGCAUGUGCUUUUAAAGGUGAAAAAACUGCUAUAGUUUUUUAGAAAAUUGUUCAAUAUAAUAAAGACAGGUUGACAGUGAUUGGUGUUACUGCAGAUAUCUAACUUAGCAGCCUGAUACCAAGCCCCACAUAUUCAUUUUUAGCUGUUUUUACCUAGGGUAUUUGUGAGUUUAAAAGGCACCAACAAUUUUGCUUUAACUGUAUAUAUAUUUUACAACAUCAAGCAAAUUGUUACCUUCAGUUUUGGGCUUCAUUUCUGCUACCAGAACAGUUGAGAGCAUUUCUGCAAGAUGGUCACAGAACUGUUCUUCCACCUGAAGAAAGCCAAAGGCACUGUGAGUUCUAGUUGUGCCAGCCAAGUGAACUUGUACUGUUAAGGCAUGAAAAAUACAUACGUCAGGACUGAAAGGUGAUAUAUUUGCAGUUUUACACAACUGCCUAGUUGUUCUGUGUAUGAUAACUUGUUUGGCCUUUGCAGAGUGAGAAUAUGAGGCAGAUUUGUAUUGAAAAGUCCUAGUGGUAAAACCUCCAAAUAGGAAAAAGGUGGUAAGAGACAAGAUUAAUCAACAGGAAGUAACUACUUUGUCAUUGAAAAAACCCUACCACAUCUCCUUUUUAUGGCACCCUCAUAACAAGAUAUUGGCUACCUAGAAAGAAAGUGGAUGCUAAAUAAGAAUAUGAAAAUAUUCUGCUUGAUCUGUGGUGUCAGCUUUGUUUGACCCUUUUGCAACCCUGCCUUUUUGUAGCUUUUCAACUAUUUUGUGAACCAAAAGCUAUUACAGUAAUCCAAAUAAACAGCACUAACUGUUA